GUACCAAUAAAAUUUAGAAUCCAUUUUUCAUUCAUUUUUAUUUACACCAAUAAAAAGAUACUAGAAAAAAAUGAACCUUCAAAUUUACUGUCCAUUAAAAUCUCCCUCAUUUUCCGGAAUCAAAUGAUCAAAUGCUUAGUAAAAUUGUUGAAUGUCUGUUGAAGGCCCAUUUCCUCUUCCAUUGAUUAUAGUCACAAUAUGCGGAUUGAAAGGUUACCAGAAACAUAUCCAUUCCUAGGAUCAUAGCACAUAUUGUGUUCGAUAAAAGUCGUGAAAGAGGAUUUCUGGAGAAAUGGGUUUCUUCUCGUGUUUUACGAGAAGCAAAGUCAAAGGGGAGAAGCAGAAUGAGCCAAUGGCUAAAGCUAGUCCUCAACCGGCCGAACAUGGUGCUAAGAACUCGCAAGCAAUUGCAGCAGAGGAUGGUGACGACGACGAAGAUAAGGCAGAAGCGUUCAAUUUCCGCGAUCUUGCAACAGCUACAAAAAAUUUCAAACAAGAAUGUCUGUUGGGAGAAGGUGAUAUUGGGAGAGUAUAUAAAGGAAUCCUUCAAUCCGGCCAGAUCAUGGCUGUUAGGCAGCUAGACAGAACUGGAACACAAGGGAGCAAAGAUUUCCAAGCUGAAAUAGUGAAAUUAAGUCAGCUUCACCACCCAAAUCUGGUGAAAAUAAUUGGAUAUUGUGCUGAUGGAGAUCAAAGGCUUCUAGUUUAUGAAUACUUUCCAUCUGGUUCUUUGGAAAAUCAUCUAUUUGAUAUUUCAGGUGAUCGAAAGCCGUUAUGCUGGCCGGCAAGAAUGAAGAUAGCAUACGGCAUAGCUCUUGGGCUCGAGUUUCUGCACGACAAGGCCAACCCGCCCAUCAUAUACCGCGAUUUGAAGGCGUCGAACAUCAUGCUGGACGAGACGAACACCGCGAAGCUGUCGGAAUACGGCCUGGCUAAGCUCUUGCAGGGCGGCACCAAUCCGAAUGUGUCACCCAGAAUGGUCUCGUCUUAUGGUUAUUGUGCACCUGAGUUCGAGAUGCACGGUGAGGUCACAGUGAAGGCUGAUGUCUUUAGCUUUGGUGUCAUCCUGCUGGAGCUGAUCACGGGCCGAAGAGCCUUCGACAGCCAGAGGCCCACAGAGGAGCAAGUUCUCGGAAAUUGGGUGAAACCGUUUCUCAGGAAUCCGAAGAAGUUUCCUGAGAUGGCGGACCCACUUCUGGAAAGUCAAUACCCUAUAACGAGCUUGAAUCAGGCGAUCGGGGUGGCAUCAAUGUGUAUUCAGGAGGAGCCGGCCGUACGGCCUUUGAUCUCUGAUGCCGUGGCUGCAUUGAGUUUUUUGGCGGCCGACCCUAAUAGUUUGUAACAAUAUGUAGAGGCUAAAAUUAAUUGACAUAGUAAACAAGAAGAGAUGUAAAUUCAGCCAAUGUUCUUUUUUGUCUAAUCUAUGAUUUUUGUCCUAUGAUUUGGGACAUUGUUCUGUGAUCA